UUCGCACAAAGGUUUCACACACAAGAUGAUUUCAGGGAAUUUUACUGCGCAUGUGUCAUAAUUUGACAUAUUGCAAUGACAGGUCAGAUGUAAUGCCACAAAAAUCAGCUGGCGUAAAUAUUUUGUUUUAUCUGUGACUCUCCUGUAAUAAACAACAAAAUGGCUUGGACUAAUUAUCAAAUUCUUUUAGCUGUUGUUAUGGUGAUAACAGGAAGUAUCAACACUUUAAGUACCAAGUGGGCUGAUAGUCUUGACUCGGCGGGCAAAAAUGGGGAAGUACACGAUUUUGACCACCCGUUUUUCCAAGCCUCCUGCAUGUUUAUCGGCGAAAUGUUGUGUUUGCUUACUUUCAAAAUUCUCUACAAAGUGUACAGCCGACGAGCUGACGGCUCCGAGGAUGUCAACGAACUCACCCGCGGAAACCGCAAUUUCAGCCCUUUUGUUCUUUUCCUUCCCGCAAUGUGCGACAUGACCGCGACUUCAAUCAUGUACAUUGGACUCAACCUAACUUACGCUUCGAGUUUUCAGAUGUUUAGGGGCUCUGUGAUCGUUUUCGUAGGCUUGCUGAGUGUGGGAUUUUUGGAGAGGAUGUUAAAAAAGCGAGAGUGGGUGGGGAUUUUCUUUGUGAUUGUUGGGUUGGCUGUUGUGGGGGCUGCCGAUUUUUUGACGAAAGAUACAAAUGCGCAAAACCACGGCCGAAAUGACAUCAUCACUGGAGAUCUUUUGAUUGUCAUUGCUCAGAUUAUAACAGCCAUUCAGAUGGUUGUGGAGGAGAAAUUUGUGGCAGGGUUGGAUAUCCCACCACUUCAAGCGAUUGGUUGGGAGGGUCUUUUUGGAUUUACGGUUUUGGGGCUGUUGCAAAUACCAUUUUAUUACAUUAAAGCGGGGCCCCCAUUUACUAAUAACCCCCAUGGGACGUUGGAGGACGCUAUUGAUGCUUUAAUACAGAUUGGACACAGUUGGCAGUUGAUGUUUGCUAUUUUAGGAACUAUAUUUUCCAUCGCUUUCUUUAACUUUGCUGGCAUAAGCGUAACAAAAGAGAUCUCGGCAACGACCCGAAUGGUCCUAGACAGUGUCCGUACCAUUAUAAUAUGGAUAGUAAGUUUGAUGUUUAUGCAUCAAAAAUUCCAUUGGCUUCAGUUAUUAGGUUUCGUCGCUUUAUUAUACGGAAUGUGCCUUUAUAACGGAAUCACUUGCACAUUUAUAUUCAUAAAAAUUCGAGCGCUUUUCAUGCGGCUUAGAUAUCGAAACAUGGAAGAAGACAGCAUUAUCGAAAACCGAACGGCUGAUCUACCAGAUGAUUCAACACCAGCAUAAAAGUCACUUGUUUGAAACGAAAAGACUAAUUAUUGUGAACCAUUAUAAUUAAAAUUGAGUUGAAAAUAUUAAACGAAUUAUUAUUUUAAGUAAAAUUUAUUUGAAAUAUUUUGUAUUUACAUGUAGAUUAUUUUUAAUAAAAGUGUUUUCUCUAA